CUGGCUGUACUAUGACCGUUAACUUCUUCACUUCGCUUCACUUCGCUUCACUUCCAUCCAUUUUUACCCAAAACCAAACAGAAUCCCAAAACUAUGCUCACAUAAAGCUCCCCACUCAACCUUAAAAUCCCCAUGGCUUCCAUUUCUAAACCACCGCCUUGUUUCCAUCCUUUCUCUGCCCGUAUCUCGUUCACUGCUUCUCCGCUUACCUUAUCGUUUCCCCACUGUCACUGGAAAACGCCCCCGCUUCAGCUUCGUGCUUGCGCCAUAAGAACCGGUUCCGGCGGUAAUAGAAUUGGAAGCUUGGAAUCUUCAGGCUCUGAUUUGCUUAGGAAGCCCAGUAUACUGCCGGACAAGGACCCCGGUGGAGUUUCAGAAGAAAAAGAAGAAGACGUGCAAAGGAACGCAAGUUAUAAGGAGGAGGCUGAAGUGGACGAAUGGGUCGAUUGGGAGGACCAAAUUCUUGAGGACACUGUUCCGCUCGUUGGCUUCGUUAGGAUGAUUCUUCACUCUGGCAAAUAUGGGAGUGGAGAUAGAUUGAGUCCUGAGCAUGAGAGGACUAUUCUUGAGAGGUUGCUUCCAUACCAUCCAGAAUUUGAGAAAAAAAUGGGCUCUGGAAUUGAUUAUAUUACAGUAGGAUAUCAUCCUGAUUUUGAAGGCUCGCGAUGUUUGUUCAUUGUUCGAAAAGAUGGAGAAUUAGUUGAUUUUUCGUAUUGGAAAUGCAUAAAGGGCCUGAUUAGGAAGAACUAUCCCUUGUAUGCUGAUAGCUUCAUUCUCAGACAUUUUCGCCGGCGUAGGCGGAAUGGGUGAGGAAGCAGUUGUUGCAGAUUCUUGAAGUUGGGAUUCUUGGGGGUAGAAUUAUUUUCCUGGAAGACAAAACCCAAGGCUGACCAACUGGGAUUGGGGUAUUUAAUUCACACCAAAAAGCUCAGCUGUCUUUCACUCACUAUUUUGCUGGAUCUUAAAUGAUAGGGAUAAUAGUUUACUCAUAUUUCACUUUUGCUCAGCUGUUGCUUCUGCAUAUUGGCUGCCUCCCUCUCCACCAUGGUCUUCCCCUCUCUUGCUUUCUGUGUGAUAGAUUUGGUCCCCAGCUACCUCCCUCCCUCUCUGUCUCUCUCUUUUUUUAAUAUUUGCCUCCAAUCAUGCUGAACAUGCCUAUUUUCCAGAGAACUAUUUUAGCUCAAAUGUUUGUGGCUUUGAAGUCAAGAGGUUGGCCCGAAUUCUUUCUUCUGUUAGGAAUAUUUUAUGAGAACAAACUGCCUAUCUCCAGUUUAUAAAUUAAAAUACAAUUGUGACAUGGAUACAUUUUCCUUCUUAACAUGGAUAGCAAAUGUUAGCUGCC